AUGGAUUAUUGUACUCUAUUGAGGUCGUUCAUUCGCGCUGCGAAGACGUCAUUGACCCAGUACCGACAGCAUCCGUCGUAUCAGCAAAAUUAUCGCAAUUAUCAGCAUCAUCAGCAUCAACGCCAAUCUCAGACGACGCACAACACAUAUUAUAAUACGAAUAAUCAAUAUCCAAGUCCAAAUUCAAUAAAAGCUUAUCACACCCAAUAUCCUUCGGUACCUCAUGCUUCAGUUUCCAAUCAACCGACGCAUCAAGUGUGCGACAUUCCACCAGAUUUCUGGUGUGACAGUCCGCAAGCUGCUCAACAAUGCGGCGUCACUCGUCAAUGCGAAACACUCCGCCGCCGUCGUCAGCCGAUCAAAAUCACAUUAAUCUAUGAAGCACUUUGUCCAUAUUGCCAAAAAUUUAUCGCGAAUCAGCUUGGAAGCAUCGUCAAUCAAUUCCAAAAUCAUAUCACUCUCGAACUUGUUCCGUGGGGAAAUUCGCGAAUCACACAAGACGGGUCGUUCUCGUGUAAUCAUGGACAAAAGGAGUGCGAUGCGAAUCGUUUGCAAUCAUGCGUCAUCGACAACAUGAAGGUGGAAGGUGCUCUUCCUUUUAUUGUCUGCUUCGAACACAACAUUCAACGGUAUAAUGUUGAACAUGCAAUGCAGACAUGCAGUGCUUUUAUUCGCAAAGAAUACCGACAAAUUAGGCAAUGUUACGAUGGUCCACGCGGUAUACAGCUUCAACGCGAGGCCGCUCAUAAAACAAUGAGCACACGACCCCACGCAAUUGUGGAAGUUCCAUACCUACUCAUCAAUGAUUACACUCCAUCGGUUGAUAAUAAUAAUUUGAAUGUUAUGCUUUUACCUCAACUACUGGGAAAAUGGACGAAAAACCGAUAUUAA